AUGGCGUCAAUUUUUACCUAUGACCCUGAUCCGCCCCGGGUUUCCUCGCCAUGGUCCACUUCAGGAUCAUCCACUCCUCAAGCAACAGGUCCGGGGGGCUCUCGUGGGGAAGCCAUCAGGAGUCGGACAGAUGGCCGCUUAGACUUUGGUGAUUCAAGUCAAUUGGCGGAUUAUGGAAUCACGAAACUCGACCCGGAGCCUCAGGAAGGUCCGACGGAGUAUAAACUGCAUCUUCUGCUCCGUCCUCGAAGGCUCUACACGGCCAUGUCAACCGGCCAUCUCGUUGGGGGCUCUUACCAUUCCAGAUCGAGCCUCUCACCUGCUGCCCCAGUCCCGACCAACAAUCCUGAAGCCAAUCUCAAGUCUCCUCAACCUCCGUCGUCUUACAGCCGCCAGCAGCGGCUGCAGCAACUCACAACGCAGCUGCUAUGGCGCUUGCAGCAAUCCUCUCCUUUUCAUUCCUCUUCAACUGCCAAUUUGGUACUUCCGGUGCUUCCGGAGGCAACUCCAAGGCUGGGGGUUCCGCAGAAGCCCGCUCGUCUUCUACCCGGACUCGAAGAGAGUCAGGGGGCACUCUACGAGAUAGGCGUAGCGGACGAUGGGACUUUUGUUGGUCUGACCGAGGAUGAGCUGGAUGAGAGCCUGAACAAUCUACGGGCGAUGGCCGCCAGUCUGGGUUGCAAGGUGGAGAUCCUCCGCAAAGUUAUUGUUGGGAGUUGUGAAUGGACUGAAGAAGCCGACGCUGCUGAGACUCAUUCGGAACGCCUCUGGGUUGCGGAGGCUCUGGUGAGCCCAGACCUGGAAUACUAUAGCGUCCAGUCAUUGAGCGAUGAGGGUCUGAAGCAACUGAGCUUGGACGAGCCUUCCACCAGCCCAGAUGAGGAUACUCCCGUAGAAAGUGGAUGCUCGAGCACGGAGCAAAUUCGCAUCUCCAUAACUGGACCAAGCGCGGCUGGAAAGUCGUCGCUUCUGGGUACCCUGACGACAUCAGCGCUUGACAACGGACGGGGGAAGAGCCGCCUGAGUCUUUUGAAACAUCGGCAUGAGAUCUCGUCUGGAAUCACCAGUUCUGUGGCCCAAGAGCUCAUCGGGUACCGCGCUAAGUCGUCAAGUUCUGACGACACAGUUGAUGUGAUCAAUUAUGCUUCUGGAAAUGUUGCUGCUUGGAACGACAUCCAUGCAGCUUCGGAGGGCGGGCGUCUCGCUUUCGUCUCCGAUCUCCCUGGGCUGACACGAUAUCUGAAAUCGACCCUGCGAGGAUUGAUAAGCUGGGCUCCUCAUUACAUAAUUCUUUGUAUUCCAGCAAACUGCUGUAGGGACACCGCAGCUCAAGGCGUCACCGAUCAAGCGCCCGAGAUCGACCUGUGCCUGGCAUACUUGGAACUUUGCAUCAAGCUUGAGGUCCCCGUAUUACUCAGUAUCACUAAAUUGGACCUGGCCUCGCGUUCGAGUCUAAAACAAACUCUCACCAGAAUCCUGUCCGCGAUCAAAGCAGCAGGGAAGAAACCACUAAUGCUCUCGGUGACCACCGAGACUGGGGAACAGGCUCCAAAUCUGCAGAAAAUCUCAGCAGCAGAUUGUCAGGAGGCUAUCAAAACGGUCAAUGCUGUCAAUGGUGACUGGCCCAAUACGAUACCGAUAAUUAUGACCAGUGCUGUCAAUGGGACUGGUAUCGGUAAACUUCAUGCUUUCCUCCGAUUCCUUCCAAUACCCAGGACGCCUCCUUCGAGAAUUGUGCGUCCUCCUUCUGGCACGUUUCGUCAGCAGUCUCCUGUCGAUGUGUUUGAUAUCGAUGAAGUAUUCGCUAUCCCGCCGUCCAAAGUCUAUUCAUCUGUGGAAGAAACACGGCAGGAAAAUAAGGGCGUUGUGCUAUGCGGAUUGGUUCGGCAUGGGAGCAUAUCGAUCGGCGACGAACUGGUCGUUGGUCCAAUUGCAGUUGAUCCGCGGGCUGAAGAUAGCAAUGCUCAUCACUCUGCCAGAUCCCGGUCGUUGCAGGGUACGGACAACUCACUAAAUUCCUCGCCACGGGCCCGUUCGUUCAGAAGCAGACCGUCCUCUGGCGACUUCUCCGCAUCGUUUGUUCAGUCGUAUUCCGGCAAGUCUCGCCUUCCAAGCCAUGCCGAAUGGCAACGAGUUCGUGUUGUCAGUGUCCGAAAUCUGCGACUUUCAGUCAGGACACUCAUGGAGGAUCAAGUUGGCACUGUUGGGAUCGAGCCGAUCGCAUCAGAAACGGGACAAGAAGCUCCGGGGCUAGGACGGCUUAGAAAAGGGAUGGUUCUCGCCCAAGCUAGAAUCCCUCGAGAAAAACACGCAAACACUCUUCCCCGUUCGCUCUUUUUCUGCACUGGAUUCGUUGCGACGAUCCCGGCCAGUGAUUUCUCAUCACCGGCAUCUCCACCUCUGAUCCUAGGCGGAAAUGCGGUCGUCUACAUCGGCAACAUUCGAACCGCGGCGAAAGUGGUACGUGCCGCUCUCGCCGACGAGGAUGUGGUCUCGUCGCCACCAUCGCCUACGUCGCCUGCGGAGCCAGACUUUUUCAAUUUCGACGGAGACGACGACGACAAAGAAGGGCACAAGGACAGUACGACACGUCGAACACGCCCUGAUAGUGACAAGGUGAUCCAUGUUUCCAGUGCGUCUGGCCGUGAACAUAUCAACAUUACAUUUUCGUUUAUCUCAUCCGUCGAAUGGAUCGAGGUGGGCUCUCUGGUGGUGGUGAUGCCAGGAACGACGACUACGACGUCCGCCAAUGGUGGAUCGGUGACAUUCUCUGGUCUCGAAGGCUAUGUGGGAAGGAUAUCCGACGUCAUCAGCAGCGAUGAAGCCCCUGAGAAAUAA